ACCAGUUAAUGAAUGUAACAGAUCCUUGCCACUGGCUUUAUAAAGGAUUGUCGCCAUUGUCACACAGUAGCCGACUGUCUGUUUCUAUGAAUCCUUCUCCUCUAUCUUGCUAACAGUCUUUAUUUUGGAUCAUAAUGGACGUCCUCGAACACAACGAGUUUAGCAACCUCAGUGAGGAACAUAUUACCCUUGGGAAAUUCCAGAGUCUAGAUCCCAAUGAGUACCUCUAUCUGGAUGGAAACAGUCUAACAACUGCUGAUCUGGUCCGUUUGGGAAAAGGCCUGUUCAAAAUCAAGCUGACUAACCACGCUGAAGAGAAAGUCAAUGAAGCCAGAGAAGUGAUAGAAACCAUCUUAAAAGAAAACCGAGUUAUCUAUGGCGUCAACACCGGGUUUGGGAAAUUGGCCCAGACAAUUAUACCACAGGAUAAGCUGCUGGAACUACAGGAAAAUCUGAUUCGAUCUACUUGCGCUGGUGUGGGCUCCCCAUUGAGUGUAGAGAGGACCCGUAUGCUGCUGGCUCUGAGGAUCAAUGUCCUGGCCAAAGGGUACAGUGGCAUCUCCAUGGAAACUGUCCAGGCCAUGAUCAAUGCCUUCAAUGCCUCCUGCCUGUCGUGGGUCCCAGAGAAGGGAACGGUGGGGGCUAGUGGAGACCUGGCCCCAUUGGCCCACCUCACCCUGGGCCUGAUGGGAGAGGGCAGGAUGUGGUCGCCAAGGAGUGGCUGGGGCCAUGCCAAAACAGUACUGGAGUGUAAUGGACUUACACCUUUGGUACUGAAGGCUAAAGAGGGUCUUAGUCUGAUCAACGGGACCCAGAUGAUAUCAUCAAUGGGGGCAGAGGUGGUGGAGAGAGCUGUGGGUGUUGCCAGGCAGGCUGAUGUUAUCGCAGCCCUCAGCCUCGAGGCUCUGAGGGGCACCACCAAGGCCUUCCACAGCGACGUUCAUGCAGUGAGGCCUCACCCUGGUCAGGUAGAGGUGGCUCUGAGGCUUCGCUCUCUACUCGACUCUGAAGUCUUCCCCUCACAGAUUUCUGAGAGCCAUCGAUUGUGUGACCGUGUCCAGGAUGCCUACACCCUCCGCUGUAUCCCACAGGUGCAUGGGGUGGUUAAUGACACCAUAGCCUUCGUUAAGAGUCUCCUCUUCACAGAGCUCAACAGUGCCACGGACAACCCUCUGGUUUUUGCAGAGAGAGGUGAGACCAUAUCGGGGGGAAAUUUCCAUGGAGAGUAUCCAGCUAAGGCUCUCGACUACCUGGCCAUUGGGGUACAUGAGUUGGCCAGCAUGAGUGAGAGGAGGACCGAAAGGCUGGUUAAUCCAUCCCUCAGUGAGCUGCCUGCCUUUCUGGUCGAAAAUGGAGGCAUCAACUCUGGCUUUAUGAUGGCACACUGCACUGCAGCCGCUCUUGUGUCUGAGAACAAGACUUUGUGUCACCCGUCCUCUGUGGACUCCCUGUCCACCAGCGCAGCCACUGAGGACCACGUCUCCAUGGGGGGCUGGGCAGCCAGGAAGGCCCUGAGGGUGGUGGAACAUGUAGAACAAGUUUUGGCCAUCGAACUCCUCGCUGCUUGUCAAGCCCUAGAGUUCCUCCGCCCCCUCAAGUCCACUACUCCUCUGGAGAAGGUCCAUGAGCUGGUACGUUCCGUAGUCAGGCCUUGGGAUUGUGACCGUCAAAUGAGCCCAGACAUUGAGGCUGCUCACAUGCUUCUCAGGGAGGGAAAGGUGUGGGAGGUGGCUCGACCAUACAUGGAUCAAUACCGAGAGAGGUUCGGACUGAAACCACACCCACUGGAUGACUAGUAUAUUUGUAUUAAAAUGACUCAGGUAUUUCAUACUUUUACUGCAUGAUUCAAAAUGCAGGAUUUGGAUUGAUAAUAAAAUGACUUCCAGAUA